CUGAUUGGGUUGAAAAAAUCUUGAGCUCUUUCAUGGUCAGCGCAUAAAAGAUAUUUGUCUCAAAAUUUUGGUUACUAAGACCUUGCAAAAAUGGGGAAUUGCCUUUUUAAACAGACUGCUGAUGCCCCUGCUACGUCACCAACUGGAGGACAAGGGGGAGUGGCCACAGCAGAUGGUCAAGCUGACCAUAAGCAGUCAUCAGCUCCUGAGGAGACCAUUGUUAAAAUGGACGCAGUCAAACUUGAAGAGACGGGGGGAGGGGGUGGACUUGACCUGGGUCUGCUAUUCCCAGCUCUCACAGAAGUGACCCCUAGACCACGGGUAGAAGAGCCCUUUGAUUUCCAGAAAGAUGGACGUCCUGUUGUCCGCAUUGGAAGCUGGAAUGUCCUGUCUUGCUGCUUGAACAAGAUUGCAAAUCCAGGAGUGCGAGAAGUCAUCUGUAUGACUGUAUUGGAAAAUGGGUUUGGUAUCCUUGCUCUACAAGAAAUUGCUGACAGAGAGGUUCUGGAUAAGAUCUGUGAUGAGCUGAACAAUCCUAUUAUCCCUAAUGUAAAGAGCUGGAAGGGGCAGAGAGGACACUGGAAAGCUGUGAUAUCAGAUACUCCAGCUGGGAGAAUGUAUCAGGCUCCAGAAUAUAAUGGAUUUAUCUAUGACACCAGCCAAGGCAUUGAGGUGGUGUCAUCUUCCCUCAUAGAGCGACACCGCAGAGGGGCACCCAAGCAGUUCGCGAGGAGGCCAUUUAUGGUGGUUUUUAAGGCAAAGGAGCUCGACUUUGUUGCGGUCAGCGUCCACUUGAAGGCCACUGGACUACAGAUGGAGGACCUUGACCGUUUGCAGGAGGAGAUAGGCCGGUGUCCAUUGGUCUUGGAGGCUAUUCAGGAGCAGCUGCCUGGGGAGAGGGACAUCAUGAUCCUGGGGGACUUUAAUUUGGGACCAGAACAGGAGGAUUUUGAUGCAUUCCGUGAUGCCGGGUAUAAGAACACUGUAGAUGAGCACACCAACACUAACAUCAACCUGCGCAACUUGAAAGGCAGCAGAACCUACGACAACAUUUGGAUGAGUAAACAAGCACAGGAUGUGUUCACAGGUCAGUCUGGGGUCAUUCGUGAGGGGUUGACCCACCAGUGGAUACCCCAUGAUGACUGGUUUUGGGGAGGUAUAGUGGCUGACCACUGCCCAGUAUGGGCCGAGUACUUCACUGACCACGACAUGGAUGCCGAUGGUGACCUCACAGCUGGCGUGAAGGGGAUCAAGGUGGAGGAGUGAGAACUGUGGCGAAUCUGAGGC